UUAACCAGUCCCUGUCCGGCCCAUGUACAUAAACGGCCGGACGGUGGCAGUGCAGGAGCGGGUUGCCAUUCAUAAACGGUGCCUGCAUUUUCAGCCUGUGCGCGCUCCCUGGGAGUGCAUGGCACCACAAUCCAGUGCCCGCUGUGUCCUCCGGAUAGCUGUGUGAGGUCCCGAUCAUGUGAUCACUGAUUGCCCAAUCAGUGAUCACUACUAGCGAAAUCUGUGAAUGAUCAGAGAGGUCACAUGGUACAAGGCUAUUCACAACAGCCUUGUACCAUGUGACAAGCUGUGACCAAUCACAGCUCUCACA